CACCGCCUCCUCGCCGCUGAUUGGCCACCGGAACUGUAGCUCAUACAGGCGGCCAAUCACCGGCGAGAAGGUGGAGCUUGGAGCGGAGAUCGAAGAAGAUCGAGGGAGCUGCAGGAACGAGUGAAGAGAGAGGCCAGAGAAGGAAGACAGCUGACAGCCAGGUAUGCAGGCUGUAGAUGGGAGAGGGAGAGAGCGAGCCCAGGCUGGAGCAGGAGUCAGCAAGGUAAGUAUCAUUGGUGUCAGUGGGAGGGAUAGUGCCCCAUCAUUUGUGUCACUAAUACCAACGAUGGGGCACUAUUCCUCCCCCCACUGACACCAACGAUGGGGCACUAUUCCUCCCCCCACUGACACCAACGAUGGGGCACUAUUCCUCC